GCACAGUGCUCAUGCGCGCGGCCCAGCCUUUAUAGCGGCCGCGGGGGCCUUGCCUUCCGCACUCUGGCGCAGCCGAGUGGAUCUCCAGCAGGUGUGUGCAGCCUCUCAGUCACCAUGUCUGCAGCCUGGAUCCCGGCUCUCGGCCUCGGUGUGUGUCUGCUGCUGCUGCCAGGGCCCGCGGGCAGCGAGGGAGCCGGUGAGUGGGGGAGCUGGGGUGCGUCCAGGCGGUCGCAGGGGCUGAGCACCAGCGGGUACAAGCGGGACUCAAAUCCAGCCCCCUGGGCCUCGGCCCGACGGCCCGAGGAGGAAGGCGCGAAGGUUGAGCCGCCGCGUGGCGAGCCCGCGUUAGCCCCUGAAGGCGAUCUGCUCUUGCUCACCUGUUUCUCCCAUGCUCCCAUUGCUAUCACAUGUUUUACUAGAGGCUUGGACAUCAGGAAACAGAAAGCAGAUGUCCUCUGCCCAGGGGGCUGCCCUCUUGAGGAAUUCUCCGUGUAUGGGAACAUAGUAUAUGCUUCUGUAUCGAGCAUAUGUGGGGCUGCUGUCCACAGGGGAGUAAUCAGCAACUCAGGGGGACCCGUACGAGUCUAUAGCCUACCUGGUCGAGAAAACUAUUCCUCAGUAGAUGCCAACGGCAUCCAGUCUCAAAUGCUUUCUAGAUGGUCUGCUUCUUUCACAGUAACUAAAGGCAAAAGUAGUACACAGGAGGCCACAGGACAAGCAGUGUCCACAGCACAUCCACCAACAGGUAAACGACUAAAGAAAACACCCGAGAAGAAAACUGGCAAUAAAGAUUGUAAAGCAGACAUUGCAUUUCUGAUUGAUGGAAGCUUUAAUAUUGGGCAGCGCCGAUUUAAUUUACAGAAGAAUUUUGUUGGAAAAGUGGCUCUAAUGUUGGGAAUUGGAACAGAAGGACCACAUGUGGGCCUUGUUCAAGCCAGUGAACAUCCCAAAAUAGAAUUUUACUUGAAAAACUUUACAUCAGCCAAAGAUGUUUUGUUUGCCAUAAAGGAAGUAGGUUUCAGAGGGGGUAAUUCCAAUACAGGAAAAGCCUUGAAGCAUACUGCUCAGAAAUUCUUCACGGUAGAUGCUGGAGUAAGAAAAGGGAUCCCCAAAGUGGUGGUGGUAUUUAUUGAUGGUUGGCCUUCUGAUGACAUCGAGGAAGCAGGCAUUGUGGCCAGAGAGUUUGGUGUCAAUGUAUUUAUAGUUUCUGUGGCCAAGCCUAUCCCUGAAGAACUGGGGAUGGUUCAGGAUGUCACAUUUGUUGACAAGGCUGUCUGUCGGAAUAAUGGCUUCUUCUCUUACCACAUGCCCAACUGGUUUGGCACCACAAAAUAUGUAAAGCCUCUGGUACAGAAGCUGUGCACUCAUGAACAAAUGAUGUGCAGCAAGACCUGUUAUAACUCAGUGAACAUUGCCUUUCUAAUUGAUGGCUCCAGCAGUGUUGGAGAUAGCAAUUUCCGCCUCAUGCUUGAAUUUGUUUCCAACAUAGCCAAGACUUUUGAAAUCUCGGACAUUGGUGCCAAGAUAGCUGCUGUACAGUUUACUUAUGAUCAGCGCACGGAGUUCAGUUUCACUGACUAUAGCACCAAAGAGAAUGUCCUAGCUGUUAUCAGAAACAUCCGCUAUAUGAGUGGUGGAACAGCUACUGGUGAUGCCAUUUCCUUUACUGUUAGAAAUGUGUUUGGCCCUAUAAGGGAGAGCCCCAACAAGAACUUCCUAGUAAUUGUCACAGAUGGGCAGUCCUAUGAUGAUGUCCAAGGCCCUGCAGCUGCUGCACAUGAUGCAGGAAUCACUAUCUUCUCUGUUGGUGUGGCUUGGGCACCUCUGGAUGACCUGAAAGAUAUGGCUUCUAAACCGAAGGAGUCUCAUGCUUUCUUCACAAGAGAGUUCACAGGAUUAGAACCAAUUGUUUCUGAUGUCAUCAGAGGCAUUUGUAGAGAUUUCUUAGAAUCCCAGCAAUAAUGGUAACAUUUUGACAACUGAAAGAAAAAGUACAAGGGGAUCCAGUGUAUAAAUUGUAUUCUCAUAAUACUGAAAUGCUUUAGCAUACUAGAAUCAGAUACAAAACUAUUAUAUUAAGUAUGUCAACAGCCAUUUAGGCAAAUAAGCACUCCUUUAAAGCUGCUGCCUUCUGGUUACAAUUUACAGUGUACUUUGUUAAAAACACUGCUGAGGCUUCAUAAUCAUGGCCCUUAGAAACUCAGGAAGGAGGUGAUAAUGUGGAUUAAAAUCUUAAGAGUUCUAACCAUGCCUACUAAAUGUACAGAUAUGCAAAUUCCAUAGCUCAAUAAAAGAAUCUGAUACUUAGACCAAAA